UUAUGAAUUCAUACUAUAACAGCGUCGUACCGGCGCAUGUACCUUCUAUGAACACUGGACAGUCGGACGCGUUUUACAGCCAAGAAGGAAAAUCGCAUUCCGUGGAUAUUAAUUUUCAUUCUAACCCUCAAAAUAUGUGCUACGAAAACGAAUCUGGAAAUUCUUACGGAAUGACUAACUAUCAUGGAUUCCACCAAACAAGUUAUGACAAGUUUGAUUCCGGCGGACACGGCCGGAUAAUGAACUUGUCGGCGAAACAUAUGCCGCCGUUCAGUAAUAACGGAUACUAUUACCAAAAUGCAAACAAUUAUCUCAACUCGUGCAAUGUUAAUUCAAAUGUAAACUUGACUAGUGGUUCACCGCCGGGACUUGGACAAUAUCCCGACGAUAGACAUGUUCAUGACAGAUUAAAUAAUUUAAAAUCUGAAGAGAACUGUAUACCAACGCCCCCGCCAAAUACUUUUUCACCUCAUGAGCAAAGUUUCAACCAUAUAAACAAUAAUCCAAGUCAUCACGGGCUCUCGCCGACGGAUAUGGUUCAUAACAAUAUGAGUACGAGCCCGCCAAUUCCUCAACAUUGUAACGGCAUGAUGGGGAACCCCUACCCAUGGAUGAGACAGCUUCCUGCGGAAAUUACUUAUGAACAGAAAAGAACACGGCAAACUUAUACGAGGUACCAAACGUUGGAACUAGAAAAAGAAUUUCAUUACAACCGAUAUCUGACACGUCGCAGACGAAUCGAAAUUGCUCAUAUGUUAGGACUUACUGAACGACAAAUAAAAAUUUGGUUUCAAAACAGAAGGAUGAAAUGGAAAAAGGAAAAUAAUAUUCCGAAAUUGACCGGACCUGAUCGGUCAAAACCGGAAAACGAUUCAGACAGACCCCGUGAUAUAACGUCAUCACUGAUACCGGAUAUAGAUGACGGCACUUCCUGUUCACCUUGAAACAAAUGCUGUUUACCUGUUGACAAUUUACGAAGUAUUCAGUGUUUUUGGAAUUACUUACAAUCUACAAACUGCUUUAAAGGAAAGAAACUUAACAGUGUUAGACGUGAAGAGUACCGGAAAUAGACGAAGUCUCUCACGUGAAAUUAGCGGAAAGUACCGAAGGCUUACUCGUACAAUAUCGUCAGGUUGACUAUUGCGCGACAUCGCACAUCUUUGAGAUUGCGAAAAUUCCGAGAGAACUGUAGCUACCUACAAGUGAUCGUAUUGGAAAACAACAUGCUACAUGCUUCCAAUGUUUUUUGGAUGAUGCAUAGGACUGCUCCGGGAGUAGAUAAACAAACGCUUUCCAUGAUAUGGGAUAUAAAUGGUGUAAUGACGAUGUUGUCUCUGAAAAUAUAAACAGCUCAGGGUAUGAUAAAAUUGAACUAAAUAGACUUGUACAUUUUCGAAAUCAUGAAUAUAGUGAAUUUGUUAUUGUAUUUAGUGUAUAAUGUGAUUAAGAAUGGGGGAUAACAGUAUUCCAUCCGCCAUGUUUUAUUGUGCACAAAUCAGUUUUAGGUGAUUAGUGAAAACAACGGAGAAAUCCAAAUGUCUUAUCCUCUAUGAUCGUGCAACCGUUAUGUAAUUGUACUGUAAUUUGAAUCGUUUUAGUGUAACUUUUUAGUUUUUACAAAAACAUGUAAUAACUAAAAUAAAAACCAGCACAAUUUGAAUCCAAUCCAGUGGUAGGCACGUUUUAUGAAUAAAUGUUGAAAUUGCUGUAACUUGUAAUAGUUAGCAUACACUCUAUGAAAUAAUGAAGCAUUUUGAAAUCAUGGGUAAAUUUUUUAAAAUGUAUCUGUUCUUUGUUUCAUUUAUUUACUUACAAAUGACACAUUUUAGUACAUUGAAUGUUCUUGAAUAAAACACCCGACUGUCUAAAACAACAACAACAACAACAACAGUACCACCAAUAUAGUAAUCUUUUCAAAAUAAUAUUUUAUUAAAAAAACUAAAAUGCAAAAUAAAUUGAAACUUUUUCAAAUAUUUACAAACUAAACUGUAUAAUUUAUAUACUAUAACUACAUUUGCAUCAUUGUAUUUAUCAGUUGCAAAAUAAAAUGAAAUAAAAUAUAAUAGAAUAUUGUAAUGAAUAAAUAAAUAAAUAGCUAAAGACAUAUUUAUACCGCAAAUGUCGCUUUGACAUUUAACAUAUUUCAAAUGUACGAUUUGACAUUUAAUCUUCAAUUAAAAUGCACUGUCAUGCUGCAGUAUGUUUUGGCACGACGAAUCUAAAAUAAUAUAAAAAUAUAUCCUCUAAGGUAUUUUACAUAAAAAAAUGCAAAAUGCGCAAACUAUACGUUUCGUUUUCUUCAAAUAAUAACUUUCCUCAUAUUGGAUUACAUUAUUAAGUUGUUAAGACUAUUGACUUUAUAUUAUUUAUGUUACUUAUUCAUUUUAAAAUUAUAGAUAUCAACGUAAUCUUUGAAUCUUUUACAAAUUCAAACAAACUACAGAUUUUUUAGAAAUACUAUGGAGUUAGAUAGUUCCAAUAAUUAAAAUUCAAUAUCGAUUUAAAAUAUUACGAAUUACGCUAUUUUACUUGUAAUUGUAUAUUCACUUUGAGAAUGAUAAUUUUGACACAAAAUGUAAAUAUAAUUUCUUUUGAAAAAGAACAAAAACUUGUAAAUUUUAUUCUAAAGUUCGAUGUGAUAGUUGAGAUGUUCAAAGUACGUUUCAAACUUAAUCUUGAAUCCUUGGACAUAUCAAAAAAUAACAACAAUAAAAUGACUUGAUCAUCGUCUUAAUUUCUUGUGCCUUCAUGGAAGACAUAUACGACCAGGAAAAAAGUCAUAUUUAAAUUGCAACCGAUAAAGUAUCAAUGAAACUUGUAUCUUUUUUUCUAGAUACCCAUUAAAGGAAGCUAUUUGGCUUGCCAGAUGAUCUUCUGAUAAAAAUGCUUUGUUUUAUCCCAUAUAAAAUGUACGGAAGUUGGAAAUUAUAUAAUGAAAAUAUUGAUAUUUCCGGUUUGACUAAGGAAGCAAAGUAUAAUGUUCAACAAGCAUGUUUUUUUCCAGGUAAAAAAGUUUUUAAGAUGCGUUAAAGUUACACUAUUUCUCAAAUGUCUAAAAUUGGCCUUGUUUUAUUAUGAGAAAAACUGAAUCUGAUAUCCGACCAGAAUCUUGUUCCGUUUAAAAUACGGAAACAGAGUUUAUCUGAUAGCGUAUUAGUUACCUUAUGUUUUAAACAAAUGGAAAUUAUAUUCGUAUCUCAAAAA